AUGGAAAAAGGGGAGGAACAGGAUCCUAGUUGGACUACUCCAACGAAGGGCAUCCGAAGUCCAACAAAACAGGGUCUCUGCAUGGGAGAGUGUUCAAACCUCUCAAAUUCUUUCUCAUGUCUUAGUGACAAAGAUGAGAACGGUGAGGACCUGUAUACCAAAGGGGAGGAGUCAAGUAAUGUCAUCGAUUAUGUAGUAGAGGAUUCUGAGGUAAAAAAGGAUGUUAGAUUACCCGCGUCUGAUAGUAAUACAGAGAAGCAGAAUCUUCAUGUCGCUGAGAGGCAACUCCUUUGGACUGAUUUACGACACCAUCAGGACUCUCCUAUGUUCAAAGAUAAGGCUUGGCUUAUAUGUGGUGACUUUAAUGAAAUUUUGGAUAGUGAUGAUCACUCUCUAAAUGCCUCUUUCCCCUUCUGCACAUCUGGUAUGCGGGAGUUUCAGGAUUUGGCUCGGUAUUGUGAACUGUCUGAUAUGUCCUAUCAUGGUCAGCGGUUCACCUGGUGCAAUAAGAGGAAGGAUGGAGUUAUCUGCAAAAAGCUCGAUCGAGUGCUUAUCAAUAAGCAUUGGUUUCAGCAUUUUGCUCAGUCUUACUCUGUGUUUGAGCCGGGAGGAUGCUCGGAUCACCUUCGAUGCAGCUCAUCCGGACUAUCACAAAGACUUGGAACAGAAAUGGCAUACCUCACCAUCACUGUUUCAUUCUACCUCUGCAAUGCUAAGACGAUGAUGAACCCAACCUCUACGGCUGUUAGUGAAGAGGCGGAUGCAUAUGACAAAUGGCGCAAGCUUUCUGAUCUUGAAGAGAGUUACCUCAAGCAGAAGGCAAAGCUCCACUGGCUGAAAAUCGGAGAUCAGAAUAAUAAAGUGUUUCACACUGCGGUUACUCUCCGGGAAGCUAGCAAUAGUAUCAAGGAAAUCCACUGUGAUAAUGGCCAAGUAGUGACUACUCAAGAUCAAAUCAAGACUGAAGCUGAAAGAUAUUUUCAGACUUUUCUUACUCUGCAACCGACUGAUUAUGUUCCCUGGUCACAAGAGGAAUUGGAAACAGUCCUAGAUUUUAAAUGUGGUGAGAGUGACAGGAGCCUUCUAACACAUGAUGUAUCUAAGGAGGAGAUCAGAAGGACGGGGUUUUUGCCAAAAGGAGUCAACUCUACUAUCUUGGCUCUCAUCCCUAAAAAAAAGAAAGCGAGACUCACGAAGGAUUACAGGCCGAUUUCAUGCUGCAAUGUACUUUAUAAAGUCAUCUCCAAGAUACUUGAGAACCACCUUAAGAUCAUAUUGCCGAAGUUCAUUGCACCGAAUCAAUCCGCCUUUGUGAAAGACAGAUUGCUUAUGGAAAAUGUUCUGCUUGCUACAGAAAUAAUCAAGGACUACCACAAGGAUUCAGUCUCUCCUCGUUGUGCCCUUAAGAUUGACAUUUCCAAAGCUUUCGACUCAGUUCAAUGGAGUUUCUUACUUACUGUUUUGAGAGCAAUGGCAUUCCCUGAACAGUACGUAGGGUGGAUACAAACAUGUAUUACAACUGCGUCCUUUUCGGUCCAAGUGAAUGGCGAGCUGGCUGGUUAUUUUGGGAGUAAGCGUGGUUUGAGGCAAGGUUGUUCCCUUAGCCCAUACUUAUUCGUUAUUUGUAUGAAUGUUCUUUCCUGCAAGUUAGACAUCGCUGCAUCACGUCGAGAAUUUGGCUACCAUCCCAAAUGUAAGCAGUUGAAACUCACUCACUUAUGUUUCGCUGACGACCUGAUGGUCUUUGUGGAAGGGACCAAACAGUCUAUAUCCGGGGCUUUGCAGGUAUUUGAUGACUUCGCAGUGCACUCGGGUUUGCAUAUUAGUCUUGAAAAAUCUACAAUAUAUACUGCUGGUGUUUCUUCGGCACACAAAGAGGAGAUCCUUCAACAGUUUCCAUUUGAAUAUGGUUCCUUGCCAGUUCGGUAUCUUGGAUUGCCACUUUUGCCAAGGCGAAUGACUUCUGGAGACUACCUCCCACUCAUUGAGAAAAUCCGCUCAAGAAUAACCUCUUGGACAUCUCGUAUGCUCUCCUUUGCUGGAAGAUUGCAGCUCAUCAGUUCGGUUAUAUUUAGCUUAACAAAUUUCUGGAUUUCGGCAUUUAGACUUCCUAAAUCAUGUGUCAAAGAGAUUGAUCAAUUAUGUUCAGCGUUUCUGUGGUCUGGUCCCUCCUUAAAUGCUAAGAAAGCUAAGGUCGCAUGGACAGAGGUUUGUUUACCAAAGAGUGAAGGAGGUUUGGGGUUAAGAUCAAUUGCAGAAGCAAAUAAAGUGAGUGUUCUUAAGUUGAUUUGGCGAAUUCUCUCAGCUUCAGACUCGCUAUGGGUCGACUGGGUGCAACGUUCUCUCAUUCGAAGAGGCUCUUUCUGGAGUAUGAAAGAUAAUACAACCUCUGGCUCUUGGAUUUGGAGAAACCUCUUGAAAUACAGGGGCCUGGCAAAGCAGUUUUACAAAGUGGAGGUUCAUAACGGUGAAUCCACAUCUUUUUGGUUUGAUAACUGGUGUCAGUUGGGCAGUUUGUACGACCAACUUGGUGACAGGGGUUCUAUCGAUCUGGGAAUCUUGAAAACAAGCACAAUGGCUGAGGUUCUGUCUACGACACGAAGGAAAACACAUCGAAACCCUCUACUUAAUGCGGUGGAGGAGGAGAUAAAGCAGAGACGACUUCGUUACAACCAUGAUGUUUUGGAUGUGCCGUUGUGGAAAGGGAAGAACGACUGCUACCGUAACGCCUUCUCAACAAAGGAUACAUGGUCUCAUAUUCAUGCUGCCCGUCUAGUAGCAACAGGCGAGAGGAUACAGUCAUGGAAUCCACACGCCAACACAAGUUGUAUCCUAUGUGAUCACCCUUCAGAGACAAGAGAGCAUCUGUUCUUCCAAUGCACUUAUUCACAGCUGGUGUGGGAGCAGCUACUCAAAAAGCUACUUGUGAAUCAGUUCACAAAUCACUGGCAAGAAGUCCUUACUCUGACUGCAGGAAAUGGUCUGGACAAGACAACAAAGUUCAUAGUGAGGUACGUUUUGCAGAACACGAUUCACGCUAUCUGGAGAGAACGGAAUGCGCGACGACAUGGAGAACAGUCUUCAACGGCGGAGCAGUUGAUCAAGAUCAUCGACAAGAACAUACGAAACCGUUUAAGUACCAUGAAGGGCGGAGAAGAGAGUAUUCAAGUCUGGUUUGCUGCAAAAUUUUAUUAA